AUGGAAGAAAAAGACAUUUUCGCACAGAAUGUCAUUACUGGAAGUUUAGAAUAUGAAGAUCCUGAUAAAGAUUAUGAGAUUCUUGAUACUGGUUCGGAAGUUCCUGGAUCACCCACCUCCUCUGCUACUACUACUUCUGCUACUGCCGCUGGUAUUAACAAUAUUAAUGCUGAAUUUUUCGAUUAUAACUUUGCUGAAGUGGAAUCCACAUGGACUUUAUCAACAAGCGAGACUGAGAAUACUGAUUAUUGUUACAAUGCUGAUAAUACUUCAAUAAAAAUUGAAGAGUUCGAUCGAUGUGUAAUUGUAGACAUUAUUAAUAACAAAGUUCAAAGAUGUAUCAAUUCUGUAUCUCAUCCAAUUAAACAGUUACAGGGAACAUGUGUAUGCUCUAGUCAUUUUAAUUUUGAUUAG